AUGGCACAGCGCGUCAUCCAGAAUGUUGAGAACGAUUACCUGAUGUGUAGCAUCUGCUUGGGGCGGUAUGACGAUCCGCGUCUUCUGCCUUGCGGACACACAUUUUGUAAAGAAUGUCUCUCCGGACAUAUACAGCAGACGGUAAUCGACAGGAAUUCCCGCCAUUUUACUUGUCCUAUUGACAGGAACAUGGUUUCGCGACCAGCGAAUCGUGCACCGAAAGAUUGGGCAGGUCUAUUUCCUCCAGAUACGUUUUUAUCAAGUCUACUGACGACAGUUCUUCAACAUGAAGGAGGACAAGGAAAUAACAGGUCAGUUUCAAUACAAAAGAGUGACAGACCGAUAGGAAAUGACAGACCAUUUCGUUCGAAUAAUUCUAAUGAUAGACCAUAUCAUUCUGAUGACUCUAAUGACCACUUCCCCGUAAGCCAUGCUGGACCAUCGUUUGGACAAAGCCAUAUGUCUGAAGGACUUACAUGUGUAGAACAUCCAGGGAGGGUACUUGAAUUCUUCUGCCUUGGUUGUAACGCGCUUGUUUGUUCGUAUUGUGCGGUCAGGGGUCAUAGAGGUCAAAGGUGCGAGUGCAUCACUAUGGAGGACGCAAUCGAAAGACUGAGGCCACGAAUGGAGGCAUUGAGGAGAAGACUUCGAGGACAAAUGUCAAGGGUGGAACAGCUGAGCCGUGGGGAAACACCAGCUGAUGGCAUGCUUGACGCUAGUAGAACCAGAGCUAUGGAGAAACUGGACGAAAUAGAAAACAAUCUAAGUAGGUUCGCACAGACUUGUCUUGAAAGUGUAGAAGAACUCCGGCAGCAAACAAGAGAUGCGGGUCGGGGUUUGAUGACAGAAAACGCACAAAUGUCUCGACUUUUUGACAGCAUACAGGAAACGAAACUAACAUUUGAGAAUGUAGUAAGUGCCAAUUCUGGACCAGAUUUGUUGAAUUGGCUGUCAAGAAUGGAAAAACAAGCAGACGACUAUGACGCAGCAAUUUCAUCUUCCUCACAGACCAACACACCAUCUGAAGCCGAGUUUGUAGCACAUACAGUUUUCAGUAACUUUCUUAGAAACCCUCCCCCUGUUGGGUCAGUAAGGGUGAAGCACGACGCUGGUAGGAAUACACAACGCAGUCAUGGGUGCAGACUACAGUAG